ACAAAAACACUCCUAAUCCUCGUCUGUCUGCCAGACUUCUUAAAAGUUGGAAAUUAGAAGACUCCCGCCUAAAUUCUGUCAGAUUUCCCGCCCUUUAUUUUUUCAAGAACUCUUUACAAAAAAAAUCCCUUCUCUUUUACAAGUUGUUCCGCAGACACAGAAACAUCCAUACGCUUGUUUAUGAUCUUCUAGUUAUCUUUACAUCUCAGAACAUGGAUACAUCGAGCCCUUCAAUUUUUGUCAACGGGGAGUCAUUGCCUCUGUACAUUGGGAAAAGGGUUCGAGCUGUGGUUCAAGUCAUUCAAUGUGAUGGUGCAGACACGACUGCAAAAUCUACAGAUGAACAUCAGUUGAUUAUAAAAGGGUUGCCUGUUAUCCCUCCUUUGAAAUUUGUUGAAGUGAUUGGUAUUGCUGAUGGCAAUCAGUCAGUCCAUGCCGAAACAUGGACCAACUUCGGCGACGCGUUUGAUGCUGCUUCGUACAAUCAAUUGUGCAAACUUGCAAACGGAGAAUUCAAAGCUUUAUUUCUUUAGGGAGUUGCAUUGUGCCUGCUUACUAGUGGGCAAGCAAUGGUUUGUUUCUAUGGAAAGUUGUAAUAUUUUAGACCAGGGUUAUUGUGGGUUUGUGAUUAAGAAAAAAACUAUCUUGAGUGUCGUGGCAUGUAUUAGCUUGAAACUGCAUCAUUUGCUCAGGUGGUUCAUGUUGUCUGUUCUGAUAAUGCAAACCGACUCUUUUAUAUAAAUCAAGUGAACUUGGCAUCAGUCCAGUCUUUUUGUU